UCAAAAUCUAGUAUAAAAUUAAGACAAGGAGAGGACGUGGCAGACCUCCUCGUUUUUUUUUCCUCUAGAAGAGCCCUAAACCCAUCCGCAUCCCCCAAUUGGAUAAUUUUUUUGGAGAAAUUAUCAUUUGUUUAAUCCGAUUGAUACGUGAACGAUGGAAACGCCAAUGGUUGCAGGUGCUGCUGUAGCGGCAGCUGCUUUAGCUGGUAGAUACGGUAUACUGGCUUGGCAAGCCUUCAAGGCCAGGCCACCCGCGGCUAGGAUGCGCAGGUUUUAUGAAGGUGGUUUUCAAACUGCCAUGACGCGGCGUGAAGCGGCUCUCAUUCUUGGUGUUAGGGAGAGGGUUGUGGCUGAGAAGGUGAAAGAAGCUCACAGGAGAGUGAUGGUUGCAAACCACCCUGACGCUGGAGGUAGUCACUAUCUCGCUUCCAAGAUCAAUGAAGCCAAAGAUAUUUUGCUUGGCAAAUCCAACAACUCCGGCUCUGCUUUUUGAUUGAUACCAAACCCAAUAUGAAACUCUUUUUCAUUUGAUUAUGUUUCUGAAUUUAAUACCAUUUAUCUUGUUUGUAUCUCAUUAUUAUGUUUCGGAAGCAGAUGCUCAAGAUUUUGAUAUAUAUGAAGAAUCAUUUUUUAUGGGUUCUUU